AUGACCGAUCUCGGGGAUCUCCAUCACUUCCUCGGGAUUUCGGUCACACGCUCGUCGGAUGGCCUCUUUCUGUCUCAACGACAGUAUGCGGUGGAUCUCUUCCAGCGCGCCGGCAUGGCCGAGUGUCACUCCACAUCGACGCCAGUGGACACUCGUGCCAAGCUGUCGGCCACAGAUGGAGCUCCGGUGGCCAACGCCACCCAGUAUCGGAGUAUGGCUGGUGCCCUUCAGUACUUGACACUAACGUGCCUCAACCUCGCCUACGCUACUCAUCAGGUGUGCCUCUUCAUGCACGAUCCACGAGAGCCUCAUCUGGCGUUGCUCAAGCGGAUCUUGCGAUAUGUGAAGGGUACGCUGUCUACUGGCUUGCACAUCGGUGUUGGUCCAGUUUCCUCCCUCACUGCAUACUCAGAUGCAGACAGGGCAGGCUGUCCAGACACUGGCGAUCUACUCCGGGCUACUGUGUCUUCCUCGGCGACAACCUAG